UUUCAUUUAACUUUGACCGAGCGGGAUCUUCCUGUGUAUUGCAGCGCAUUACACGGUCGACCAGAUCUCCGGUAAGUGUUGCUUUUAAUGGUUUCAGUGGGCAUUGAUCUUUGGUAAGAACACCGUAGAUCUAGGCGCUCUAUGUGACGCCAUUUCAUUUCGAAAAGGCAGCCUAUUUUUUGUUUGUUUACGUCAGCCAUGCCCAAACUGUGGCCCGGGGGUAAAAUGCGGCCCUCAGACCAAUUUUUCUAGGCCCUCAAGCUUCCAGAUGAAUUGGCCCAAAUUACCUUAAAUAGUACUUUUUACUGUAUAUUUCUGAAAAUCAGCUUUAACGAGCCCAUAUCAAAUAUUUAAUAUGUCCCAUUGAGGAUGUGAGCAUGAAUAAAGGUCUAGUGGUCCAGUCUAACUUGUAAUAAUAACGCAAAUUUAAAGUAUUCACUGUAGUGGUGACCAGUCUAUGGCCCUAAAUCGUCUCUCAGCUUUGUCUGUGGCCGUAUAUGUGGCCCUUAAUGAGAAAAGUUUGGACACCCCUGGUUUAUGUCAACAGUGCUACUCCACAGUUAAAAACGUCCUUAUUCCCUAUCACAAACUAUGGCUUCCUUUAAGAGCUAGGCCUAAUGUCUACCUACCAGAGUAGUCAAGGCUAAAUAGUUUUCUGAUAAUUACAUCUUAGCGGCAUAGAUGGACAGUCUGUGUGUGGAGGCGCAUUUAUGGUCCAGGCUCUACGCACUUCUGUUUUAAUGUUUGCAGUGUUCUGACUUUGUGUUACGUGCGCGUGAUGUCGCACCUGACUGCUUACGGUAAAGGGUUCAACAUACAAUUGUCUUAGUUGGGUUUGUGGUUAUUCAUCUACAGAACCGUAAAGUUAGCAUCAUAGGCUAUCCCAUGCAAAGUGUCUUCUAUUACACAGUGUAUGGUACAAUAAUAAUACCACAAAUCAUAGAAAUGAUAACAAAUACAGUCAGUGGUUCCAACCGGUUCCAGCAGUCCCUGGACUUUUUAAAUUUUCUCUUUAAUACUUUGAUAAUUGGGCUUUUUGUAAUUGUACUUUAUCAAAUGCCCAUGUUCUGCCAAACUAAUAUGAACUAAUCUGGCAAAAACUAUUUUUCAUUUCUUUUAUAGUAAUAGCCUACAUGUGAAGUAAACAGAAUAAUUAUCUAUGGAUGUGUCCAUGUAGUGUACUGACAGGCACAGUUUUGUUAUGCAUAAAAUAAGAUAAGAUAAGAUAUGCCUUUAUUAGUCCCACAGUGGAGAAAUUCCAGUAUUGCACCGCACAGUUCAAGAACAGCAGGAAAAUGGUAACAUGCAAUAAAACAAGAUAAUAGAUAAUAGCUUAAAAUAACUUAAAAAUACACUUAUAAACUAAAAAUAGACUCUAAUGUAACACACUGUUUCUUAUUAUGUACAAUAAGAGUAACAGUGCAGCAUAUAAACAGAAUAAAUCUCAGUAAAGUGACUUCAGUAAAUAUAGACCAGUGCACUGUUUUUAUUGUGAAAUAUAUAAAUAUAUAUAUAUAUACAGUUGGAACAGUCUUCCUGAAGAUGUGAGACAGGCCUCUACUUUGACAAUGUUUAAAUCCAGACUCAAAACAGUUCUGUUUAGCUGUGCAUAUGACUGACAGGUUUUUAUUCUGCACUCUUCUCUUUUAAUGUUGAUUUUAUGAUGAUUAUUUGUGAUUAUUUAUGUUUGAUUUGUGUGAUUUUAAUGUCUUUCUUAUUCUGUAAAGCACUUUGAAUUACCUUGUGUACGAAUUGUGCUAUACAAAUAAACUUGCCUUGCCUUGCCUAUAUAGAGAGAGGUGGAUUCUGUUGCCAUGGCAAAAAAGGUAGAAAAUUAAUUGAUGAAAAAGUUUGAAGUGGUUUACAGGUUGAAGUGAAACAUUCAUUUCUACUCUCCAAAUUGGAGCAAAAAGAAGGCGUUGCAUAUCAUCACAAAAGGGGAAUUUGUGGCCUGUCCUUUCCCCAUUCAAAAGAUAUCAUAUUUGCUUAAAUGCAAAUGGCCCAGUGGUACAGUGUUACAGUCUAUUGCAUGACACUUCCUAUAACGCUGUCCCCAGGAUGUUUCUCUGUUCACACAAUGCCUGAGCCUGAAGCCUCUGCUAACAGUGGUUGUCCAGUGUAAUGAACCUACCCCAGCUGCUGAGGUGUGUCGGCCCAGAGAAUCCUCACAACAAUGCCCAGUAAAGAAUGAAUCUGCUCCUUCUGGCAUGCCUCAUGGUAUGCCUCUGCACAGCUCUGGUACCUCCUGCUCCACACAGUCUAUACAUGUGGAGUUUUAACUUCAGACAUGUACUCCACUGGACUGCAGCUCCCGGCUCUCCUCCAGGGCUCGAGUAUCAUGUUUAUAACAGGUGUCAAGGUGAUAAGGUGGGUACCACUAAAAAGACUUGGGCUGCUGUCCAACUGAAACCUGAAGACAAAUACAGACUCUGUGUGCGGAGCCACUUCAACAUGACGCUCUCUCCUCCAUCCAAGAUCAUCUCUUUCACACCAUUCCUGAAGACCAACAUAACAGCACCUAAUUUGACCAUCUCUGGUUGCGGGACAUGUAUUCAGAUGAAUAUUUCUCUGCCUAAACCUCAUCACACAUCUGGGCUCCAGGACAUACGGGAUAUUUACAGAGAUAUAUCUUUCAAUGUUUCCCUGAUGAAGAAGGGGCAAGAGACUAGAACCUUCACAGAGACUAAGAGCCAGACUGUGGUCUUACAAUACUUGUCUCCAGGCACAGAGUACUGUGUUCAGGUGGAGCCCCGUUACCAGGACAUUAUCUUCCAGCAUUCAUCAUGGACAUGUGUUUUCACCAGCCCAGCUCGCUCGUCAGUGUUUGCAGGUAUGGUCUCAGUGGCUGUUCUAGUGGUCUUCCUCCUCCUUGCUGUAGGCUUGGUGUUCUUUGGUCUACAGUACACUGGGAUCAUCUGCAAGCUCAGAGAAGCCAAGCCACACACUCUCAUUACGAGUUUAAGGCAGCACUCCCUUCUGGUCGUAGAGAGAACUUUCCCAGAGCCCGUGUCCAUGUCCCCGCGACCUGAGAGACUGCAGUACAGUCCUUGGUACCAGGAGGACCAGGAAGGCAACCAGGUGGAAAACCAGCAGGAAGACCAGGAGGAGGACCUGUACAUGGAUCGAGGAGUGGACUUGUCCUCAGAUUCCAGCUUGAGGUGUGGCCAUGUGACUACAAGUAUCCAAUCAGCAGCAACUGUCACCGAUCAUUCUGGACAUCCAAGUGAAGUGAUGGAUCAGCAGAGAGAAGAAAAAGAACAAAUAAUGAAAGCGGAUGAUCGAGCAGGGAGGAGAUCACUGGACAGUAAAGUGUUAGAAUGGCGCAAAGUGCUGGAGAGAGAUGAAGGUGUGAACCUGUUUUCAGUGACUGUUGCUGCUCUGGAUAUCAGGAGUGUGGAGGAACUGUCUGAUGAGCUGGCCUUACUACACACGCCCUGCCAUACACUCCUGCCUCUGCAACCCCAGGACGUCGACAUAGACCACAAGUACGCGGCAGACCUACAGGAGAAGAGCAACUAUUACAUGCGUCAUUAAUGAACAAUUUCAUUAAAUUAUUUUAUUUUAUUUUUUUUUGGGGGGGGGGUUACUGCUACUUUAAGAAUACUUUUUUACCAGUACCAGUUUCUGUAUGAAUCAUCAAAAUGCAAUAAUUAUUGUUCAGAAAUUCCCUUAAUUUGUGGUAACACGGCCUAAUGUGUUAAAAGUUAUUAGCACUUUUUUUUUUUUUAAACGUUUCUUUUUGGUACUGUAGUGCUACCCAACAAUACCUAGCUUUCCCCAUUGUGAACUUAAAGUUGAACGCUAAAUCAACUUUGUAUUUACUACUAAACUGUGUAUAGGGUGUUUUUAUGGUAUUGUCCACUGUUUCUAUUCUUGUUUUAGCAAUUUUACGGCAAACUACGUAAAUUUGUAGUUUUGUGUAAAAAAAAAAAAAAGUCCAAAACUUUUGUGUGUGCUGUUUCCAGCAGCCAAUGCCCAGAUACAAUCAGGUGUUCCUGAUUACAAACACCUGACUGGUGUUUUUACCUUAUUUAACACAUCUCUAUAUGGCACCUCAGAUGUUCUUGGUCGCCCACUUCUCUGUCUAUCUAACACUGUCCCUGUCUCCAUAAAUUUCUUGUGCCAUGCACGAAUUGACGGACCUGAUGGUAGAUCCCUUCCAUACAUUGUUCUGUAGUUUUGGUGAGUCUGCAUAACCAAUUUUGUCUCAAUAAACCAUGAUACACAUUGUG